UGCAGCCUGUGUCGAGUCGACGGUACGGAGGAGACGAGCUGAACUGCGAGAUAAGAUAAUUAAUGAAUAAAGGAUAACAUUAACUAGUUAACCCUCGUUUCGGUAAAAACCGAAUCCUGUUCGUCCUUACGCAGAGAGGCCGCCCUACGCGUUUUAGAUGUUGCCCCGCGGUGGAGGGUCGGUCGGGGCGGCGUUUUACGGGAGGAGCUCCAGCUAAUAGAUGUCGGUUUAGCCGCAGCCAGCGAGGAAUCGUGCGGCGCGAAUCCGGUUACGCCGCCCGCAUCGCCGCCACCGCCGCCUCGCCUCUUCAAGCGCUGGCUCGCUAAAACGUUAACGCAGCGGUGCUGACAUUGCCGUCGUCGUCUACGAUGGGACUCAUAUUCGCCAAACUGUGGAGUUUCUUCUGCAACCAAGAACAUAAGGUGAUUAUCGUGGGACUGGACAAUGCAGGAAAGACUACAAUCCUCUACCAGUUCCUGAUGAAUGAGGUGGUCCAUACAUCACCCACCAUAGGGAGUAAUGUGGAGGAAAUAGUUGUGAAGAAUACUCACUUCCUAAUGUGGGAUAUUGGAGGACAGGAGUCUCUCAGGUCCUCUUGGAAUACAUACUACUCCAAUACAGAGUUCGUCAUUCUGGUGGUGGACAGCACAGACAGAGAGAGGCUGGCUAUUUCUAAGGAGGAGCUCUACAGGAUGCUGGCUCAUGAGGACCUGAGAAAGGCAGCUGUGUUGAUAUUUGCCAAUAAGCAGGAUAUGAAGGACUGUAUGUCCGCGGCAGAGAUCUCCAAAUACCUCACCCUCAGCUCCAUCAAAGACCACCCCUGGCACAUUCAGUCCUGCUGUGCUCUUACAGGAGAGGGUUUAUGCCAAGGCCUUGAGUGGAUGACCUCGAGGGCUGGACUAAGAUAGCCUCUCCCUCAGCCUUUGACUGACUGACUGACUUGCACCACCAACUAGGUGGUACUGUGGUUUCUCCCUCAUGUACUUUUUUUGUUUGCUUUUUUUUUUUUAAUGUUCAACAUUCAACUUUGACUUAUUAAGACUGCACAGGAAGCAAGUGCUGCCACUUAGCUGUACCAGACCCAACUUGUCACAAUGGAGCUGCAACUCCUCCCAAAUUCUUGUUCCUCAGUGGAAGCUAAACCUGCGCUCACCCAGAUGGAUUAUGUGCUCCUUGGCAAAAAAGAGGAAACAAUUAUUUUUUUACUGAGGAAGAGAGAGAGAGAGAGAGAGGGACGCCUCUUGGUGAAAAUCAAGUCUGUGUACCGGGUGCAAAGCAAGGCAGCCACGGACCCCUGUUCAUCAACACUACAUACAUAUCAUGUCAAACUACAUCAUGUCAGACCAAAAUGUGCCGUGUAGAUCAGCAGGAAGGCCAGCCCUGGCUGGCUUUCCUGUAACGUAAGCAGACGGUGCAGCUUGUAGUUGCAGAGGUUUGGUUCACGUUCAGGUAAUACUGAGCUGAGACAGGCGGCUGGCACACAGCAGUACUGUAAAAAACAACUGGUAUCGAGCAUGAAAUUCUCUCUUACAUUGCACAGACCUAGUUCAGGUCUUAAAUGUAUAUAUAUAUAUUUUUUAGCUUUUUGUUUUUAACACAGUUCUCAUCAGCGUCUGUUACACACACUAUCAAGUCUCAUAAGCUACAUUGGUGGUGGGCAUUCUCACAUUGGAACUUACUGGUGCUGCGUUUAAACUCUGUGAAAGCGGUGUAAAAGAGACACAAUCCUUCCAGCCUUUUUGACUGUGAGCUUCUACUUGUACGACACAGUGGCCCAGCUUCAGCAGCUGGCUCAUCGGUUUUCAUUUCCGUACCUGGCCUUUGGGGAAAAACAACUUUUUCUUUUUCUUCUUUUUUAUUAAGUUACAUUUAUUAUUGAAAUUUUUGCAACCCUGUUCAAAUGCACGAAUACAUUUUGUAUUUUAACAGUAUUUUAAUUUAGGCACUACAUAACUCAAUGUUCUCUUAGCGUCUCAUUAUUUUGUAUUGUUUGUUUUCGUGGAGCGUUUUUGCUUUUACAGACUGGCGGGCGGGGCGGGUUAAUAACGACAGCUAAACUCGGCGUCAAGGCCUUUUUUGUAUUCAGAGAUGACUGCUUAGGCAAAUAUGGUGCUCCGUGUGCAUUUGUGGCUGGCGUGGCGUAUUUUAAUGUGAAAGUCAAAUUUACAGUACGCUGCAGGUAUCGUCGCUCGCAUCUGUCCCUUCUCUUGAAACACUUCGUGCUGUUUGAAUUAUGGUAUUUGAACAGGGCUACCGGAAAACGGGUGCAUAAGACCCAAACUGCAUCUUGAUCCCUCGUCAGCCUCGAAGGCUCAGGGUUACGCUUCCCCUGUGUCACUUUAUGAAAUGUGCCCCAACAUUUUAGCGCGUAGCAUGAUGGCAAAGUUAUCUCAUCAUUACCCAAUGGUUAAGUAAUGUCAAGGUGAUUUUUAACUCGGUGAUCAUAAAGAAAGGAGAGAGAGAGAGAGGCUUUGACAGUCUCCCUUUCCAUAUUUUACCCUUGCUUCCCUCCGGCGAUCAGGAUUUGUUACUCCGUUGACCUGAUGUGAGUAUUCCCUUGAAACCUUGUAUUAACUUCUUUUAGUUCCACGGUAGCCAAAAAUGGGUCUGGUGGGGAGCAGGUGCACGGGUUUCAUUGUUACGUGGGUUCUGAUCCUGGGAACCGGCUGAGGUGGUAAUCGUAAUCGGUGUCAGUCUUGGUCCUGUAGUGCCUCUGGGUCAUUAGAAUUUAUUAACUGAGUAUUAAAUACGGUUGUUCAUGUCGUGUAUUAAGGUAUUUUUACACUAACAGGCUAAAAGAGGAAACUACCCAUGCCCCACCGAGUUGUAAGCGUACGGCUGUUAUCUUGAUGUCAAAGCAAGGAAGUUGAUCAGACACUUUGCAUCAGUGUGACGUGUUUGAUCUGAAUCAUGCAUUUUGUUUUCAAUAAAAUUUUAUUUCAAAACCUGA